AUGAGAGGAGGGGCAAUGAAACGCCGCAGACGUGUUGUUGUUUCCCAGGGGGCGGUUGUCACCUCGGAUGACACACCGACCUGCACCGACGGUAAACACAAUAACAAAUUAAAUAAUAACACCGAUGAUUACGACAAGAAGGAUAAUGAUAACACGACAUCGCUAAAUGGCACACCAAAUGUGCCGAACAGUUCAUCCCCGGCACCAGCGUGCAGUUUGUUUUCUCGCUUUCAGCAGAGGAGCAGCGACUUCAGCGGUGAGUGGCUGAUGAUGGAGGAGGCGGACGUGCCUCUGGUGCCACCCAUCUCGCAUGAGUUGGCAGAAAAGCUCCGUCAACAUCAAGGUACCAUACAAAAGGAACGAUGUGGUGCCGCUGCUCCUGGCAGGAAGGACGGAAAGGAAGCGUUGCAUACAACGCCAGCAGCAGGAACAGCAACAUUAUCCGUCGGGGGGAGAGAGACGAGCGAUGUGGAGGAUGAGGAACACGUGCCACAAGAUGUGGGGGUCAAGAAGCUUUUGGGUGGUGGUGAUGACGGUGGUGAGGGCGUGGGUAUCCAUGGUGACUAUCUCAGUUUCCUUCCUCCCUCUAGCGCGCUGUCCGACGUCGCACAGAGCGACCUACAAGCCACGCUCACAGUGCAGGAGGGUCGAGAUGGGCGGGUAGUGUCCAAAUCUUCAUCCACGCAAUCACUGCGUUCCCGGUCGAAAGAAUUCCUUUUGACGCGGCAGCGUGUGGUGCCGCUUUGGAGUGUGGAACGCUACACCACACACGGCGGGUACGCGUCAAACGCGGCCAUCGCUCUGCAUCAGGAGGUAUGCGACUUUGUGAAGUACCUUCGUCCCUCUGAGGCGGAGAUUUUUAUGCGAAGAAUUAUUGCGAUGGAGGUGCGAACGAUAGCCAAACGUCUUUGGCCUGAUUGCGAGCCUAUUGUGUUUGGUAGCAUGUCUACAGGUCUAUUGUUGCCUCUGUCGGAUCUAGACAUGUCUAUUCUGAAGGUUCCCGUGACGACGGAGGAGGCACUAACGGCGUUAGCACGUGAAAUUAGCCGUGAAGGGCUGUGCCACGCCGCAUAUCCCCAACUUAUCCUAAAGACAAAGGUCCCAUUAGUGAAAUUUCAGCACCGCCUUUCUUUGCUGGAUGUGGACGUCAGUAUCAACGCCGAGGAUGGCCAGAGGAAUUCCGCCAUCGUUGCAGACAUGCUUUGCUCCUUUCCCGAGGCACGACCAUUGAUAGUAUUGGUGAAAUACUUUUUGCAGCAACGUGGGAUGCACGAGCCGUAUCACGGUGGCCUUGGAUCCUUCGCGACAACCUUGCUAGUGAUUAGCUUUCUUCAAAAUCACCCGAUUUACACAGAGCGACCCGAGGAGCGGGCAUACACCGGCCUUGGAACACUACUCGUGGAUUUCUUUCGAUAUUAUGGCAUGUACUUUAACUAUCACCAGUGCGGUAUUUCUCUUCUGGACGGCGGUCGAUACUUUCUACGUGGUGAAACGUCUGCCUUAACACCUAGCAGUCCGACAGGGCAAAGUUCCUCGCAGGGAUUAUCACAGGUGAUGAUAGAAGAUCCAGGCUGUGUGCAAAAUAAUGCUGCGAGUUCACUACGCAUUUUCCAUGUUAUCACUUCUGUAUUUACACAUGCAUAUAUGGCGUUAACGGCUUUAUUUGAUGCACCUGUGGGCGUUGAGCAGGAAUUUUUGCCGGACGCCAUGGAGAUUGCGCGGCGUCCCACGUUGCUCUCACGUAUCUUGCACGUGGAUGGACCCAGUGUUGCGCGGCGUCAGUUUAUUGAUGCUGCUUAUGAUGGACUUCUGCAAGACCCGGCUCAAAAGGAAAAGCUCAUGGCGAUGACAACGGCCAGUAGCAUGGAGGAAAUGGUUGCAAUUCGGAAGGUUCAGCUGCAGGGAGGGGCGUCUUGGAAUGGCAGUACGAACAUUCAGGAGCGGAAACGUCCUCGCAGCGGCAGCGGCAGCGGGGAUAGUAGCAAUACCUCGAGCAGUAGUACUUCGUCGAAUAGCAGUUCGGCUUGUGUGGCUUUUCGUCGACAUCGUCGUCGUUGA